CUUCCCACGUGAAUGUCCCCAAGUGGAGAUUGCACAAUGGUUUGACAGAAAACAUCUCACUAUAACUUCCACUGACUUGGUGUGGCAAAGCCAACACGAUGACCGGCUUCUGUGGGGAAUCUUUGAUAUUGGACGUGGACCUGCUGCUGAACAACACGUGGCCAGAGUUCCCACCAUGCUUCCAUCACACGGUGCUGGUGUGGGUGCCCUGUGGCUGGUUGUGGCUCACUCUCCCAGUCUUCCUCAGGCACCUCAUAUCUCUCCCCGAGCGCCUGCAUCUUACAAAACUUACAAUAGCAAAACUUGUACUUAUUGCUGGGAUGAUGAUCUGCGUCAUCGGUGACGUCAUCAGAGCCGUGUCUGGAGAAAAAGGUCUCCACGAUAUUUCUACCUCUUUCUACACAGCUACUGUGUUGAAGUUAACAACCUAUAUUCUCAGCAUCACAUUAACCGUGUUAUCAAGACGACGAGGCAUCUCAAGUUCGUGCCCUCUCUACAUAUUCUGGCUGCUGCAUAUCUUGUGUGACGUCAUCCCAUUCUACUCACUCAUUAUACAAUGGCAAGGCAGCAGUGCAGUGGAAUUGUCUCUCUUCUACCUCCACUACGGCUUCCUGCUUCUACAGAUCGUCCUGUGCUCCUUCGCCGACAACACCGACCACGUCGUCGACAAAGUGUCCAAACGGAUUCCCUGUCCUGCUCUUAGGGCGUCCUUCUUAAACAGACUAAUCUUCUCCUGGACAUUCAGUACAAUGCUGAAAGGUUGGAAAAGACCGCUACAAAAUGAUGAUGUGUACGACCUUCCUCCAUUACUGAAGAGUGAAGCUACCGUACCUCAUUUCUUGGAGACCUGGCAGCGGGAGCGACAGAGAGCUGCAAGAUUGAAUAAUGCGUUGUCAAGACACCUUCCACGAGAAAGACAAAAUCUUCUGGAGUUUUCCGAAGACGUUGACCUGCCACAAGGGAGAAAGAAAACUCUGCCUGAUGUGAUAAUCAAGGAAGGCGCACAUGCAGGAAAACCAGAGACAUCCUCCCACAAGCCAUCGCUACUACGCACAUUGUUCCGGACUCAUGGUUGUAAACUGUUGAAGUCACAUUUGUUCAGGGUCGCGGCUGAGCUUUUCCUGGUUCUAAACCCCUACCUGUUGAAGCGACUACUGUACUACGUGGAGAACAAGGAGACGGAACCUGAGUGGCAAGGUUAUGGUAUCGUCAUUGCCUUCGUAUUCAUCAGUGCCAUGCUGUCACUGCUGCAGGCCAGGAGCUUCUUCACUGCCGAGAACGUCUCCCUUAGUGUCAGGACGGGUCUCAUGUCGGCGGUCUACAAGAAGGCCCUGACUAUGAAUAACGAGUCUCGGAAGAAGUACACGACGGGUGAGAUCGUCAACCUGAUGUCCGUGGACGUCCAGAGGGUGGAGGCAGCCGUCAUGCAGAUGUGGAUUGUGUGGGGAGCUCCAAUCAUCUUCAUCAUCUGCUUCUACCAGCUGCACCAGGUCCUGGGGCUCGCCUUCCUGACCGGGGUGGUCAUCAUGCUGGUGCUGGCCCCCUUCCAGUACAAACUGUCCAUGCACCAUCGAGACCUGUUCAACCAUCAGCUCAAGCGCAAGGAUGCAAGGCUGAAGAACAUGGGAGAACUACUGAACGGAAUCAAGGUGCUGAAACUCUAUGCCUGGGAGGGUUCAUUUAGGGACAAGAUCAUGGCCAUCAGGGACAAGGAGAUGAAAGUCGUCAUGAAAAUAGCACUGUUUGAAGUCCUGCUCGUAUUCCUGUGGAUCGGUUUCCCAACACUGAUAACGAUUGCCAGCUUUGUUACAUACAUUAUGACAUCUCCUACCGCGUACAUGAGCUCCGAAACAGCCUUUGUCUCCAUCGCUCUCUUCAACUACUUGAGGGGUGCUAUGAAUAUGCUGCCGAUGUGUAUCUCCACUCUCGCACAGGCAAGUCUGUCAACAAAGCGUCUGAACAAAUACCUUGCUGAGGACGACCUGGAGCCCAGCACCGUGUCCGCCAAUACGGCAGAAGGAAUUGCAAUCAGUAUUGAUAAAGCUACCUUCACGUGGAAUACUGAAUCGGAGUCAACCCUAAAAAAUAUCAACUUGUCUGUGCCUAUUGGCCAGCUAGUGGCGAUUGUGGGUACAGUUGGAGCGGGCAAGUCGUCGCUGCUGUCGGCCAUGUUGGGGGAGAUGCGGAAGCUGAAGGGCCACGCGGCCAUGAAGAAAAGUGUGGCGUACGUGCCACAGGAGGCCUGGAUACAGAACUUGUCCCUCAAAGCUAACAUUGCGUUCGGUUCUGAACCGGACGAUAAACGGUAUCUGGAUGUUAUCAAAGCGUGUGCCCUCGAGUCGGACCUGCAAACACUUCCUGGUGGAGCCAACACAGAGAUAGGAGAAAAGGGCAUCAACCUGAGUGGAGGACAGAAGCAGCGAGUGUCUCUUGCCCGAGCUGUAUACAGUAACAAGGACAUAUAUCUGUUGGAUGAUCCUCUCAGCGCUGUGGACUCCCAUGUUGGCAAACACAUCUUCAGUCAGGUUAUAGGACACCAGGGGAUACUGAAGGGAAAGACCCGAGUACUUGUGACCCACGGCGUCCACUGGUUACCUAUGGUUGACGUCAUUGUUGUGAUGGAUCGAGGGGAGAUAACUGAGGUUGGAUCGUAUGAAGAGCUUCUUGAUCAUGACGGACCAUUUGCACAGUUUCUGAAGACAUAUUUACAGCAAGGAAACCAUGACAACCUGGAGGAUGAAGAGUUGCAAGAAAUCCGUAGCACCCUGUCAAAGAACUCUGUUUCGUCACCCAGUCUCUCGCCGUCAAAGCUUUCGGAUUAUCUCCACAGUCCACAGUUACUUCGUCAGUUGUCAGUAGAAUCCGAGACAACGCUCAGGCAAAGACAUCACAAGGAGAAUAUUUUCGGAUCUAUGCGGUCAGUGGCAAGUGGUAACAUGGAUUGUGAUCUGAACCAGGAAGUGUAUGUAGCAGAAGAGGCGGCUGCUGGAGAAGAGUAUAAACUAAUUGAGGAUGAAUAUACAGAGACGGGCAAUGUGAGGUAUUCAAUACUGAAAUCCUACUUCUCUGUUAUUGGCUGGGUGUGGGCAGCUGGAAUCAUGGUUCUGUAUGUCACGUACAACUUUGCCUGGGCUAUGUCCAACGUGUGGCUCAGUCAGUGGACCGAGGACCCAAGGCUGAAGCCUAUUGCCCACUUUCAGGCUGGCAACUACACCAGUAGAGUGAACACGACUGGAACCGUGUUUAACGUUACUAUGGACGAUUCGGAUAAUAAGGACACACUUCGGUCGUUGUCCUACUACUACCUGGGAGUGUAUUGCGCAGUUGCAUUUACUCAAGCUGUGUCUGUGAUGCUCAACUCACUCCUUGUUUACACAAAGAUGGUUGACGCUGCCAAGGUAACGCAUAGGAACCUUCUGGACAACAUCAUCAAGCAGCCAAUGAGCUUCUUCGACACAACACCAACUGGACGAAUCCUGAAUCGGUUUACAAAAGACGUUGACGUCGUCGAUGGCCAUCUUCCCCGCGUGUUGCGGUUGUGGCUGGAAUUCAUCUUCUAUCUGAUCAGCAUCCUUGUGGUGAUUUCCUACAGCACGCCGAUGUUCCUUGCUGUUUCCGUCCCCGUCAUUGUAUGCUUCAUAUUCAUACAGCGGAUGUACACGCCCACAUCUCGGCAACUACGACGAUACUUCUCAGCAUCCAAGUCACCGGUCUUCUCUCAUUUCACGGAAACCAUCAACGGAGCUUCUUCUGUUCGUGCCUACAGAGCGCAGGACCGUUUUUUUCAACAGUCUUUAAGCAGAGUGAACGAACACAACAUCUUCUACUACGGUGCUGUGACGACACAUAGAUGGAUGAAGAUGCGUCUAGAUGGCCUGGGGUGUCUGGUGGUGUUCAGCGCUACACUCCUGGGCGUGGUCAGCCCCCACAUCUCCUCAGGGGUGGUCGGUCUGUCCAUCACGUAUGCUUUAAUGGUGACAGGCUGUCUGAUCAUGAUGGUGAUAAUGACGACGGAGUUGGAGGCGCACGUGGUGUCUGUGGAAAGGAUGGCGCAGUACACGUCACUGCCGACAGAGGCUCCCUGGGUGAUUCAAGACAAGAGACCAUCGCCUGAGUGGCCGGAGAAAGGUCACAUCAAGUUUGACAAUCUGAAGAUCCGCUACCGUCCUGAGUUGGAUCUGGUCCUGAAGGGAAUAAGUUGUGACAUCAAGCCCGGGGAGAAGAUCGGGGUGGUGGGGAGAACUGGCGCAGGGAAGUCGUCCUUGACCUUGGCGUUGUUUCGGAUCCUGGAGGCAGAUGACGGCCGUAUCCUGGUGGAUGGUCUCGACAUUGCUGACAUGGGGCUGCACGAUCUGAGGUCCAGACUCACUAUUCUACCACAGGAUCCGAUGUUGUUUUCCGGAACUCUUCGUCUGAACCUGGAUCCGUUCGAGAAGCACAGUGACGAGGAUCUGUGGCUGGCUCUGGAGAGAGCUCACCUCAAGGGCUUUGUGUCAGGGCUGAGCGAGGGCCUGCUCCACGAGUGUGAGGAGGGUGGACACAAUCUCAGUGUAGGACAGCGUCAGUUGGUCUGUCUUGCUCGGAGUCUGCUGAGGAGGACGAAGGUGCUGAUCCUGGAUGAAGCCACGGCAGCUGUUGACAUGGAGACGGAUGACCUCAUCCAGAGCACCAUCAGAACCGCCUUCAGUGACUGUACAGUCAUCACAAUAGCUCACAGGCUGAACACUAUCCUGGACUAUGACAGGAUCAUGGUGCUGUCAGCAGGAGAGAUCGUGGAGUUCGCCAGUCCUACGUCACUCCUGGCAGACACAAACUCCACGUUCUACUCCCUGGCCAAGGAUGCAAACAUUGUCUGAGGAACUUCAUCGUCAGCAUGAUGAAGUCUGGAGGCGAUGUGUCUUCACGAGGUGAGGAACUGGAGAGGAUGGGGAGUUGGUGGCCCCUCCUGGUUCUGAGAGGAAGAUGCCAGAGACGCUGGCAUCAUAUAAACGUCAGACCAAUAAAUGUGACGUCACAUACUAAAACAGUAUGGACAAACAGUAUUACAGUGUCUCUGUACGUUAUGUAAUAUUCGUCGAAUAAUUGUCUUACAUGGAAAGUGAGUGAGUGAGUAUGGUUUUACGCCGCUUUUAGCAAUAUUCAAGCAAUAUCACGGCGGGGGACACCAGAAAUGGGCUUCACACAUUGCACCCAUGUGGGGAAUCGAACUCGGGUCUUCAGCAUGUCGAGGGGACGCUUUAACCAUUAGGCUACCCCACCGCCCCUUACAUGGAAAGAGUUUCUAUCGACGCCUGUUGGUUGUAUUGCAGUUAAUUGCGUUAAUGUGCGAGAAGCAUUGAGACAAUGGUCAACUGACCGAUGAAACAGCAUUGUAUUUAGUGUGUAGUAUGGAGAGAAAAUUUGCAAUAUUAUAUUCAAGACUAUGGUGUACUUAAUGUCACAAUAACAUUGUUUGCUUUUCACUUGUUUUGUAUUUCCCAUUGUUAGCAAAGGCCAUGACAUUGGCCAUGAAACAUAUGUCGUUAAUUUUCUCUGAAAGUGUGUUUGUAGUUUUUCCCAAGAGUAUUGACAGGAAAUAAAGACGUCUACCUCGA